CUGGCCUCCUUACAGCCCGGAUAUGAACCCCAUAGAGCACCUGUGGGACCAUAGAGAACUCGAAAAUUUGGACCCUCAGCCUCAGAACCUUGCCGACCUUGGUGAUGCAAUUGUCCGUAUUUGGGGCGAAAUCCCCCAACGAAGGAUACAAAGCCUCGUUACAAGCAUGUCCCGACGAAUUGCAGCGCUCAUUGCAGCCCGUGGGGGCAAUACGCGAUAUUAGGUAUGCAAGCAGUGAGAAAUUACCCAAUUGUGCAAUUCCUAUCAAUUUGGACAAUCAAAUCUGGUCAGAUGGAGGGAACAGAGUGAAACAAUGACAAAGAUGUUUUCCAUAGUUUAGGUCCCUGAUGAGCCUCCGUAGAUAAAAUGUCAAUCGAAAUUUUCUAAGUUUUUCGGACCGGUGCCAGGGUCAGAGUGAUUUCAAUUGAAUAGCCAUUGUCAAUAGUAUUACAUGAACGCAGGGUUAAAUGGGCCUUUCUCUAGCACAGGGUAUUCUUUCCACGGCGUUUCCCAUAAACGAUGAUUACGACAUCGCAUCGAGAGGCCUAAAGGCCUUCAUACACUACAUGACAAAAGUAGAAAUCAGCUGCUACAAAAGUCACCUUCGACAAAAGACAUUCUCAUAUACACAUUGCAACAUUUUUUUGGAAACAAGCCACAAAAUGACUUUUGUCAUGCAGUGUAUGGAGGCCUUUACACAGAAUUUUGUCGCAUUCAUGGCAUUGACUGAGCUUCCGAAAGUUGCGUUCAACAGUCUGAAGACUAAAAUUUAAAAUGCAAGGCGAGAUUCUAUUUUUUUCUUUUUAUUCGUCGCCUGACAUUGCGCAUGUAUCUGCAUGGCGAUGGAUGUGGAUCCUGCGCCUCCAAGGCGCCGACUCCAGGCCUAUUCGUUGGAGCAAAAUAUCCGGUAUAUGGACGAGUACUGGCUGGCUCAUCUUGAAGGACACGACAAAGGGCGUACUCCCGCUGACUUUGCCAGGUUUCGUAACAUUCGAGUUAAUACAUUCCGCCACUGGAUUCGUAACGAGGAUGACAUCAGGGGUGCACAUGAAGAAUGUCAACGGCGAAGACGGAUGAUACGGUACCGUCAAUUGGGGAACGGUCUUUGGCCAGAAAUGGAAGAUUCCACAGUUGAAUGGUAUCGUGGAAGGAGAGACUUUGGGUUGUCAGUCUCUGCACAAGACUUAAAGGACCAAGCCCAUAGGGAUUUCCGACGAUGGGUGGACAAUAUCCCUGGAGAUGAGAGGGCGCAGUUGGAAAUGUCUCGACCUCGGCGUUUUGAUUUCAGAGCCUCUCCACACUGGCUUGAACAUUUUAUGAAAAGACAUCGUAUCAGCUAUAGAAGUAUAGAAGAUGUACAAGGGAUUCUAAGAAAAUUCCUGAAAACGCUGCUCACCUGGUAGCCGACUUUCGGGAUGUUGUUCAACGAAGAGUGGAAGAGAGGAACUAUUCUAAACGACGUCUUUUUAACAUGAACCAGACAUUUGUGCGAUAUGAUUUCUCCCUUUAUUAUUCGAUGGAUAACACAGGUAACCGCGACGGCGAAAUAAAAACAUCGAGAGGAAACCCGAAGGAAGGAUGCACAGUCACCCUUUUAAUUGCGGCUGAUGGGAGCAAAGGCCGAGCUGAAGUGAACUUCCCUCGACUGGUUGAACAUGGGGCAGUCGUAGCAGAACAUAGGGAACAUGCACCGGAGAAUGUACGGGUAACUUCAAGUCCAAAUGGAUGGGCACGAAUUGAUUCAUUGAUUCAAUGGAUAGAAACUGUACUGGUUGAAUUUGUUAAUGAUGAAGAAGAAUUCAUCCUUAUUGUGGAUAGAUACCCGGCCCACCUAUAUGAACGCUUCCAGGAGGCUGUUGGGGACCUUGGUGGACGCAUGGACUAUGUGCCAGGGGGUUGUACAUCGCUCGUGCAACCACUUGACCUGACAAUCAUGUAUGCAUUUAAAUGCAGGUUAAGGGCAAUAUGGAAAGCCUGGAAAGUGGGCAAUACAGAAGAGGAUGGGACCUGCCCACCAAUUUCCAGUCGAGAGGUCCUCCGUAUGAUAGGCCUUGCUUGGGGUCGAAUUACGGAGGAAGCAGUUAGCCUUGCCUGGCAAGCGAGCAGAUUAGUACAAAAUAAUGAUGUAGAAAUAGACAUCAAUGAUCUAGUUGUUGAAGAGGAAGAAGAGGGCGAGGGUCUCGAGU